AAUCCCCACUUUUCCUUCAACCCUCGGGUAUAGUCACAUCGAACUUCUAUCUACGCUGCUACGCGGUGUAGCUAGCUACCAUUCGAGAAGCUGGACAAGGAAUCCACGGGCCGGCGUCCUCGACCUCCGACCUCCGUCGAAUGAUACCCCAUCUCGGUGCUCGCGAUUCGGGCAUUGGAUGUCCCACUGAGCUUAACUCCGGCGUCGCCAACCCCACUGACGCUGGCAACUCAGUGGCUUCAUUCUGAUAGACAUGCAGCGACCGGCUCACAGGAAUUUGACCGAUAGACAAAGUACAAAUUCCCCUCACCCUUUCUCCACUCCCCCGUGUUGUCUCACCACCGACUCUCAAACCUCCUUUCAAACCUCGAGAAGCAAGCACUCCAGACAACGCCACAAACGUAUCAAACGGCCAACAUGUCCGCCGACACCCAACCCCGCCCCGAAUGCUGCCUGCGCGCCUCCCUCUGGGAGGGCACGCCGACAGGCACCGAGACGAAGCUUGCGGACCUGCCCAACGCCACGUACCUCGCCAAGCCGCAGGCGUCCGACGCCUCGGCCCCGCGCGCGGCCGUGCUCAUGGUGCACGACGUCUUCGGCUGGACGUUCCGCAACAACCGGCUGCUCGCGGACGCGUACGCGCACGAGGCCGGCGCGGACGUCUACCUGCCCGACUUCUUCGGCGGCGAGGUCGUCCCGGCCGAGCCCCUGCUCGCCGGCCGCUGGGGCGAUCUCGACCUGCCGAGCUUCAUGAAGCGGCAGGCGCGCGACGUGCGCGAGCCCGAGAUCGUGGCUUACGCGCGGGCGCUGCGCGCCCGCUACGACCGCCUCGCCGCCAUCGGCUUCUGCUACGGCGGCUGGGCCGUCUUCCGGCUCGCCGCGGACGAGUUCGUCGACCAGGCCACGGGCAAGCCGCUGGUGGACUGCAUCAGCGCGGCGCACCCGAGCAUGCUGGGCCACCCGGAUAUUGAGGGCGUCAGCACGAGCGUGGCGGUGCAGCUGCUUGCGCCGGAGCAUGACCCCGUCUACCCGGUGGAGCUGAAGCAGUUUACCUUUACGACGCUGCUGAAGAAGAAUGUGCCGUUCGAUUACCAGCAUUUCCCGGGCGUCGAGCACGGGUGCUUGGUGCGCGGGGAUGCGGAGAAGAAGGGCGAGAGGGCGGCCAUGGUCAGAGGCAAGGACGCCGCCGUCGCGUGGUUCCGGCAGUGGCUGCAUCAAGAGUAGGGGGGUGCGGUCGAUCGGAUCGAAGGCAUUGCCUCUUAGGGUUCAGCGUUCCUAUACCACAUGAUGAGUGCAAAAGAAAAAUGCCACUCUUGUUCAGAGAUGACUCUUGCUGCUCCCUAAAGAUUCUUUGCUAGCCUACAAAAAAAAAAAAAAAAAAAAAAGGGGGCAAAAAUGAGGAAAAGAAAAGAUAUCUCAGGCGUUAAGAUACUCUUUUCUGCUGAUGUGGAUGGGUCGG